CACCGCCUCUCUUCCGUGUUUCCGCCCCACUUCCUCCUCCGAGUGUCGACGAACUUCUUAUUUUUACUUUUUCUGAUUUUAUUAAGCUGCUGUUUUACUUUAUCGCAGCUCGUUGUCGGCGGUCAGAGCGGGUUUUGUGACGCUGCUGUGAGUUUCGGAGGGUCGGAAAUGUCUAAGCCGCCGCCUAAACCAGCUAAACCAGGUCAGGUGAAAGUGUUCAGGGCUUUAUUCACCUUUGACCCACGGACGCCAGAUGAGCUUUACUUUGAGGAGGGAGACAUAUUAUACAUCUCAGACACAAGUGACAGUAACUGGUGGAAGGGAACCUGCAGAGGAAGAACCGGCCUCAUUCCCAGUAACUACGUGGCAGAGCAGGCUGAGUCCAUUGAUAACCCCAUGCACGAGGCAGCCAAGAGAGGUAAUCUGAGCUGGUUGAGAGAGUGUUUGGAUAACAAGGUUGGCAUUAACGGGUUGGAUAAAGCAGGAAAUACAGCGCUGUACUGGAGCUGCCAUGGAGGACACAGAGAUGUGGUGGAGUUGUUGCUCAGCCAGCCGAACUGUGAGAUCAAUCAGCAGAAUAAACUGGGAGACACAGCUCUUCACGCAGCUGCCUGGAAGGGUUACGCAGACAUUGUGGAAAUGCUGCUCAACCGCAAUGCGAGGACUGAUGUUCUGAAUAAUGAGAAGAAGACGGCGCUGGAGAUGGCCACUAACGCUCAGUGUGCAUCUUUGCUGAAGAGGAAGCAGAGCAGCGUGAUAACGCGCACUCACAGUAACGCUGAUGAGUAUCUGGAUGAUGAAGAUUCGGACUGAAAGAUGAUGACGAGACGUCUAGAACAUUCCAUCACCACACUCACUCUCACACCCACACAGUGUGUGAAUCAGCCUGUAUUUACUAAUAGAUAACUGAUGGGGGGGGGGUGGGGGGGCCUGGGGGGGUAACUACCUGCUUUCUCUGAGUGUUUAAUUUAAACCUUAAAGCCUUAAAGUCGUUUCACUGAACAGCCUCUACUUUAGAAUCAGCACACUGCCCCCUACUGGAGAAGUCAUGCAGUAACACAGAAAGCUCAGUAGAGUGUGAGCACUCCUCAGCGCUCCUCAGCACUCCUCUGUGCUCCUCAGCGCUCCUCAGUAGAAACAGAUCCUCACUCUCUACAUUGUGAUGAGGUCUCUUUGACCCGGGCCAGUGAUUCGAUUGGUCUACAAAUUUGUAUCAAAGUUGUUUACUUCAAAAUUAGAUUAAAUAAAUCCAGAGACUAAACAAAAGCCUGAGAGUUUAGUGGUCACAGCUGGAGCGCCCCCUGGUGGCUGUGUUUAUGGGUGAAAAGAUCAUUUUGUACUCUCUGAAAGAGGUGCAUGGCUUCUGUGCUGCAUGUAUUAUUUGAUUUUCACAGAGGAAACUAUGCAAAUAAACCAGUUUAUAUUCAACAUGA